UGCUAAUUAUUAAAUUAAUUAAAUCUGUUUAUCAAUUAGUCUCCAAAGUGUUUCCAUCAAUCAUCUUGCAGCUCAAUUCGAUGCUCAAACAUUGGCGCUAAAAAGAAAGAGAUUAGUUGGUUGUCAUGGUUACGCCUUUUCCAGGAACUUUUUUCUUGUUUUUCUCUCUUUUAUUUUGACUCUCUGUCUUUGAGUUUGUUAAUGUUUUGUGUCAUUAACUUUAAUGAAGAUGUUUUAUUUAAGCUUUUUUAACUUUUUACUUAUUUUUUAUAUUUCAAAAAAUGAAGUUUCGUGUAAUUUAAUUUUUGCUAAUUCUAAAGACCUUCGAAUGGUCAAUUUAGACCAAUCCAGACUGGAUACAUCAAUAAUUGUUGACAAUCUCGGCGAUGCCACUGCCCUGGAUUUUUAUUAUAAACAGAAAAUUAUUUUUUGGAGUGAUUUGGGCACUGAAAAGAUUCAAGGUAUUCGUCUUGGAGAUAAAUCAAGAAAACCUUUUGAUGUUAUCAGUGGUCUUUUUUCACCUGAUGGUUUAGCCGUCGAUUGGUUAACCCUCAAGUUAUAUUGGUCCGAUUCAGACACUAAAAGACUCGAGGUUUGUCAAUUAGAUAAUAAUUACAAAGGUAUCCAUAGAAAAGCUCUAUUUUCCAAAGACAUGGAUGCUCCUAGAGCUAUUGCUUUAGUUCCUCGAGAAGGUCUUCUUUUCUGGACCGAUUGGGGUGAUAAUCCUAAAAUUGAGCGGGCCUCAAUGGAUGGAAAGCACAGAAAAAUUAUAAUUAAAGACGAGCUUCGUUGGCCUAAUGGCUUAGCUACCGAUUACGAUUCACGUAAAAUCUAUUGGGUAGAUGCUAAACUUAAAUACAUUUCAAUUGCUGAUUAUAACGGCAACAAUAGGAAAAAGUUAGUUUCCAACUUACCUCAUUCUUUUGGACUGACAAUAGAUAGAGAAUGGCUCUACCUGACCGAUUGGACCAACAUGGCAAUUAGUUCGUGCAAUGCAGUGUCAGAAAACUGUAAAUUGUUGCUUCCAAGCUUAAAACAUCAAUCUAAUCAAUUGAACCCAAUGGGUAUAAAAGUUUUUUCUUCCCACCUUCAACCUGACAAUUCAACUGGCUGUGAUAUCAAUAACGGAGACUGUUCUCAUUUGUGCCUACUUUCAUCAGACUCACCUGGUUACUCUUGUGCCUGUCCCACCGGUGUCCUUUUAAAAAGUGACAAUAAAACUUGUGCUUCGAGUGAAGAAAAAUUAAUUGUUCUGCUUCGUAAAACCGAUAUCAGAAAGAUCUCAUUGGACGUCGAAGAGCCUUCGGAUGUUGUUCUUCCAUAUUCUAAAGAAAUUAAACACGCCAUUGCCAUCGAUUAUGAUCCAGUUGACGGUCAAAUAUAUUGGACUGACGAUGAUGCCAAAGCCAUCAGACGAGCUUAUUUGAACUCAUCAAAAUUAGAAAAUAUCAUCAAUUCUGAUCUUCAUCAUCCAGAUGGAAUCGCAAUUGAUUGGAUAGCUCGCAAUCUUUAUUUAACUGACACUGGUACAAACACUAUUCAAGUCUCUCGUCUCGAUGGUUCUUACAGAAAAACACUGAUAUCAACCAACCUCGAUGAGCCAAGAGCUAUUGUUGUCAACCCAUGGAAAGGUUUAAUGUUCUGGACUGACUGGGGGUCAGACCCAAAGAUCGAAAGAGCUUCUCUUGACGGAUCUAUGAGAGAAAAAAUUGUUUAUACGGACAUCGCUUGGCCAAAUGGACUUGCAAUCGACAUAGAAGACGAAAAAAUUUUUUGGGCUGAUGCCAAAAUGGACCGAAUUGAAACUUGUGAUUUUAACGGUGGUUCUCGUAAACUCUUACUCGAUCGUGUCCCUCAUCCAUUUGGACUCACGGUUUUGGAAAAUUUUGUCUACUGGACUGAUUGGAAUGAAAGAGCCAUUCACCGAACAGAUAAGAGAAUCGGAGGAAAACGAGAAGUUAUCAUUGAUUCACUUCCAGAUAUGAUGAGUCUUAAAGCCAUUUCUAUGAAUCAAGAAUUAGGUUUAGAUCUUGAUCUCGCUUGCAGCAAAUAUAACGGAGGUUGUCAGCAAUUGUGCCUUGACAGACACCAAAAUCCUUAUACUUGUUCCUGUGCUAAUGGAUGGGAGCUCGAUUUUGAUCAAAAAUCGUGCAAAAGAAUUAAAUUAACUACACCUGUUCCUAAGAUUGAAACUACAUUUUUAUCGUCGAUCUCUAAUUCGAGAAAACCGUGUCCUGAUGAUCGCGUUGCCUGUGUUUCUGGUUUAAUCGACUGUGUUUCGUCAAAUCAUAUCUGUGAUGGAGAGCUUGACUGUUCUGAUGGGUCAGAUGAAGUCAAUUGUUGUCCUCAUGAGAAAAUCGUAUGUCCUUCUAAUCCAAAUCUUUGUCUCGAUUUAAAGACAAUCUGUGGCCAAUACUCACCUUGCACUGCCUUAACGCCCGAAUUAAUUGAAAUGUGUGAAAAAUUUCGUGUUUCAACUUUAUCUAUACCUUCAUAUUCUGGAUCUCCAAUGUCUGCAUCUGUAUCAUCUUCACAAUCACCCUCAUCAUCCUCAUCUUCAUCAUCAUCCUCAUCAUCUUCAUCAUCAAUAUCAACCUCACCUUCAUCCAAUGUUAAUAACUUGAUUUCAAAUAACGGAUUUCCCAUACUCGGAAUCAUCGCUGCGGUACUAAUAGUCUUCGUGCUAUGUUGUUUCGCAUUCAGAAUGACUUCCCAAUCAGUUCACCAACCUUUAAGCAAAGACCCUCCAUUUACAAUGCCGUUGAUGCUUCAUUCAAUCGACGGACAUGGGUCGCAAUGUCCUGAUUCGAGGAUAACACCUCAGCCUUACACACCACAAGCAACUGUACCAAUAUCUUCCCCACCGCCUGAUCUCUUAAUGUCGGACUCUAACUUGGACUCUAGCCGAUGUGAAACCAAUUCUCUUUCAGGAAUCGAGUCCGUUAGUCGUCAUUAUCCACUCGUCCCACCUCCAAGUCCUGCCACAAAUGUAUCCCGAAGCAGUUACGCAACAUGGAGAUAUGAUAAAAAUCAACCAAGUGAAUCGUAUGAAGUUUAUUAGAGAUGAUAAAAUAAUAAAAUAAUUAUUUAUGGUUUAAUGUAUAACCAACACUUUUAAAA